AUGCCGACGUACGAGACGCGUGCGCGGUCAUCUCCCUCGACGCUUCGCUCGUCGACUCACCGCUCGCGGCCACGCACGGUCGUGCGCUCGCGUCGUUCGCUUGCGCGAGCGGCGGCUGACUUGGGACACUUCGAGGUCUUCACGGAAGAGAUCGCUAUCGUCGACGGCAUCGCAAUUAAGCUCGUGCGACCGGCGGAUGAGGACGCUGUGGUCGAUUACUACGUCAGUCUGGGACAGCUUGACGCUGAUCCUUAUUGGGCGACGCUUUGGCCAUCCGCGCUUGCGGUGUCACGAUACAUAGCGAACGCGCCAUCGCUCGUCCGCGGGAAGACCGUGUACGAUCUCGGCGCUGGUCUCGGCCUGUCUGGUCUCGUCGCGUGUGCUGCUGGAGCGCGCAAGGUUGUUUUAUUAGAUCGCGAGCCCUUGGCGUUGGCGUGCGCGGAGUUAUCGAUCGAAGCGAAUGGUUUUCAGGACAGAGUGUCAGUAGAAGUUUUCGACUGGAAUGCGAUAGAGACGCAGGAAAAGUUUGACACAUUGUUGGCGUGCGACGUGCUCUACGAAGUGCAAGCUGUUUCACCUAUCGCCGAACUCGUUCCAAGGCUCGUUCGAAGCGGCGGGGGAAGAUUCUUACUCGGAGACCCGCCACUUCGCGCGCCCAAAAAUCGCGAGCGCUUCAAAUCGCUGUUGACAGAACAAUACGGAGCUUUCAUGAUGCGCGAGGUCACGGUACGUGAGACGAAUGACGCGCUCAUUUUGAUGGAUUUCAAAUUGUAA